AUGAAAAUCAAGAUCCUUGACGCUCGCUCCAGAGAAUUGGCCGUGUUGGAAUUUUCCUCUGCUCCUACACUCGAUCAAAUCAAGAAACAAUACCAAGAGAAGAAGAGAGUGGAUACGACUAGACAAGCCUUCUAUGCAGUUGAGAAUGGAAAAAGAGGAAAGGUGAUUCCAGCCGGAAAGGAACCUAUUGCUGAUUUGAGGGAUGGAAGCGAAUUGAUGUUCAAAGAUUUGGGUCCACAAGUAGCAUGGAGAACUGUGUUCUUGACUGAGUAUUUCGGACCUAUUUUUGCGUUCCCAUUGGCUUAUUAUUUGAGUCCGUAUAUUCAUGGAGAACAAGUACAAUUGAAUCAAACACAAAUCAUUGCAACUAUUCUCUUCAUUGUUCACUUUGUGAAGAGAGAGCUUGAAACAAUAUUCGUUCACGUUUUCGGAAAUGACACCAUGCCAUUGUUCAAUCUCUUCAAGAAUAGUAUUUAUUAUUGGGGUUAUGCUUUCCUUGUUGCCUACUUUACCAUUCAUCCAAAGUAUCAAUCACCAGCAGAAUGGCAAGUUUAUCUUGGUGCAGCUGGUACUGUUCUCUCCAUGCUCGGCAACUUUUAUUGUCACAUUAUUUUGAAGAAUUUGCGUCAACCUGGAAGCAAGGAGCGUAAAAUCCCAAGAGGCUUCCUCUUUGAAUAUGUUACUUGUCCAAACUAUACUUUUGAAAUUAUGGAAUGGUUCUUCUUCUCAUUCAUGAUUCAAUCGAUUCCAUGUUUGUUGUACACGUUGAGCGGUGCUGGUCAAAUGUUGCCUUGGGCCAUCAAGAAGCAUGUUGGUUUGAAGAAAUUGUUCGAUGGAAAGGAUGGCAGAGAAUUGUAUCCAAAGAAUAGAAAGGUUUUGGUUCCAUUCAUCUUUUAA